UCUUGUUCCUCUACGUCUCUCUGCUUGAAGCUUGUGCCUUCCAUUAUUAUUAUGUCAAACCUCAAUUGAAGAUUUCUUCUUCUUCAUCUUCUUCUCCAGAAACUUAGAAAUUUACAGAGACGAUGUGGGGAAUUGGAGGAAACUACUACUGGCGAAAGAGGAACAACAACAACGGAGGAGGAAGAGAAAGCGAAGCGAUCGUUGUUGUAUUCGCUUGGAUGUCUAGUGAAGAACGCAAUCUCAAGAACCAUGUCGAUCUCUACUCUUCUCUUCUUUGCGAUUCCCUCGUUUGCCAUUCUCAAUUUCUCAACAUGUUUCUUCCAGACAAAGCUGCGGAUUUAGCUUCUAAUGUUGUGUCUGAACUUGUGAAGGAGCUCAAAGCAAAGCCAGUUCCUUUAGUUUUUGCUUCUUUCUCAGGUGGUCCUAAUGCUUGUAUGUAUAAAGUUCUUCAAAUACUUGAAGGAACAUGUGAAACUAGACUAAAUCAAGAUGAUUGUAGAUUGGUUAGAAACUGCAUCUCAGGCUUUAUCUAUGACUCAUGUCCUGUGGAUUUCACAAGCGACUUGGGAGCUAGAUUAGCGGUUCAUCCAACUACGCUCAAAAUGUCUAAUCCGCCUAAACCGUUUGUAUGGGCAGCGAAUGGUAUUGCUUCGAGUCUCGACUAUGUUUUCCUCAACAGGUUUGAAUCACAGAGAGCCGAGUUCUGGCAGACUCUUUACUCUACUACAAAUAUGAGAGUACCUUAUCUCAUUCUAUGCUCUGAGAACGAUGACCUAGCUCCUUAUCAAACGAUACACAAUUUCGCUACACGUCUCCAAGAACUAGGAGGAAAUGUAAAACUUGUAAAAUGGAAUGAUUCCCCUCAUUGUGGUCAUUAUCGUUAUAACCAGGUCGACUAUAAAGCUGCUGUAUCCGAGUUCUUGCCAAAAGCAGCAUCAGUUUAUUUGCAGAAGACAAGAAGUCUUGACAGAGAAACUAUGAAAGAAACUCAUGAGAUAACAGAGCCAAUUCAAAGCUUGGGGCAAUCAACCUCUGGUCUUAACCGAAGUUUCAACGGAACUCCACUUGUCACAACCGAUCAUUUCUUCGUGCCUAGCACCGUAGGUUACUAUGUGGGCAACGGAGGAGGGUCUGUCCAUGAUGAACAGAAACAAGAUAUGAUUCGUUUGUCCAAUACUCAGACUGAUGAUACAGUUAAACCCAGUGGUGUUCUUGGCCAAAUCUUAUUUGAUGUUUAUAUUCCGAAGAAUGUCGAGGAUUGGGAUUUAAAGCUGUCGGAAACCAGGCGGCCUAGGCGGAAUCCGGGGAUGAGGUUUAUACGUAGAUCAAGAUUGUAACACCACAUGAGUUAUAUAAUAGUAAGUAUUCAUUUGUUCUCUUCAGAUACUGUUGCAGACGAAUUCCAUUUUGGCAUCGCAUAAAUCUUAUAAAAUAAGAUCUAUAUUUA